GGCAAGGGAUUAGCCGGUGACAAUGACCUCCCGUUGGGCCGCCUUUCUCCGGAGACCCGUCCGGAACCUUUCUGCUGUGCUUUCUGCCCGGACAUACCGAAAAGGAAACCGGAAGUCCUGUGCCGGGAGGUUCCGGGUUUCCUGGGCUACUACGAUGGCGAUGAGUUUCGAGUGGCCGUGGCAGUAUCGCUUCCCGCCCUUCUUUACGUUACAGCCGAACGUGGACACUCGGCAGAAGCAGCUGGCCGCCUGGUGCUCGCUGGUCCUGUCUUUCUGCCGCCUGCACAAACAGUCCAGCAUGACGGUGAUGGAAGCUCAGGAGAGCCCGCUCUUCAACAACGUCAAGCUACAGCGGAAGCUUCCUGUGGAAUCAAUCCAGAUUGUAUUAGAGGAACUGAGGAAGAAAGGGAACCUCGAGUGGUUGGAUAAGAACAAGUCUAGCUUCCUGAUCAUGUGGCGGAGGCCAGAAGAAUGGGGGAAACUCAUCUAUCAAUGGGUUUCCAGAAGUGGCCAGAAUAACUCUGUGUUCACUCUGUAUGAACUGACCAAUGGGGAAGACACAGAAAAUGAGGAGUUCCAUGGGCUGGAUGAGGCAACUCUACUGCGGGCUCUGCAGGCCUUACAGCAGGAGCACAAGGCUGAGAUCAUCACUGUCAGCGAUGGCCGAGGUGUCAAGUUCUUCUAGCAGAGACCUAUAUCCCUUCUUAACCUUCACCUUUCCAGGGCUUUCAAAAGGAGGCAGAUCCAGUGUUCCCACAGACUAGAUCUGUGAUUCCACUAGACUCAAAAGGGCUCCAGUCCUGAAGGCUGGGACCCUGGGAUGGGUUUCUCACACCUCAUAUGUCUGUCCCUGGGAUAGAGUGAGGCCAAGGCGCCAGAGAGAAAAAAUGUGUUUCUUCUUGCCCUACCUCCUCUCCCAUCCUAGACUGUCCCUGAGCCAGGGUCUGUAAACCUAACACUUUACAUGUGUUCACACAUGUAAGUACAUACACACAUGCACCUGCACAGCUUCUGCCUCCUCUCCCUGCCACCCCCUUAGCUGCUGUUGCCUCCCUUCUCAGGCUGGUGCUGGAUCCUUCCUAGGGGAUGGGGGAAGCCCUGGCUGCAGGCAGCCUUCCAGGCAAUAUGAAGAUAGGAGGCUCAUGGGCCUUGCAGUGAGAGGCGGAGCCCAACGAUGAUUUAUGAUAUUAAAAAUCUCAACUCCCA